CCUCAUCGGGGUGGCCUCUCCCGAGUCCGGACGCUGGAGGGAGUGAGCGGCCCGGCCAGGCUCGGCUCGGCUCGGCUCGGCUCGGCCUGGCCUGCGGAGCCGGCAGCGUGACCAGCCGCCAGUGGCCGUGGCUGGACUUUUGAUGAUGCCGUGUUUUUCAACGAGAGUGGAGCAGAAGCUGGGCUUUGGUUGGUUGCCCUACGCCCUGUGAAGAAGCAGUCAUGUCGGUGAUGGUGGUGAGGAAGAAGGCGAUGCGGAAAUGGGAGAAGCUGCCAGGCAGGAACACCUUCUGUUGCGAUGGUCGCAUCAUGAUGGCUCGGCAGAAGGGCAUCUUCUACCUGACGCUCUUCUUAAUUCUUGGCACCUGUGCCCUCUUCUUUGCUUUUGAGUGUCGCUACCUGGCAGUUCAGCUGUCUCCUGCCAUCCCUGUCUUUGCAGUAGUUCUUUUCCUAUUUGCGAUGGCCAUGCUCCUGCGGACAAGUUUCAGUGAUCCCGGUGUGAUCCCCAGAGCCCUGCCUGAUGAGGCAGCCUUCGUUGAAAUGGAGAUUGAGGCCACCAAUGGAACUGUGCCUCAGGGCCAGCGCCCGCCCCCGCGUAUCAAAAACUUCCAGAUCAACAACCAGAUAGUGAAGCUGAAGUACUGUUAUACGUGCAAGAUCUUCCGGCCCCCCCGUGCCUCGCACUGCAGCAUCUGCGACAAUUGUGUGGAGCGCUUUGACCAUCACUGCCCCUGGGUUGGGAACUGCGUGGGGAAGAGGAACUACCGCUACUUCUACCUCUUCAUCCUCUCGCUCUCGCUCCUCACCAUCUACAUCUUCACCUUCAACAUCGUCUACGUGGCGCUCAAGUCCCUGAAGAUUGGCUUCCUGAACACGUUGAAAGAGACCCCUGGAACGGUACUGGAGGUGCUUAUCUGUUUCUUCACCCUCUGGUCAGUGGUGGGGUUAACCGGAUUCCACACCUUCCUGGUGGCUCUGAACCAGACGACCAACGAAGACAUUAAGGGGGCGUGGACUGGGAAGAACCGGGUGCAGAAUCCCUAUAGCCAUGGGAACAUUGUGAAGAACUGCUGUGAAGUGCUGUGUGGGCCCCUGCCCCCCAGUGUGCUGGACAGACGGGGCAUCUUGCAGCAAGAGGAGAGCAGUGCGCAGGGGGAGAGCACUCGGGGGCCCAGCACUCAGGAGCCCAGCGCGCCGGAGAAGAGCAGCACUCAGGAGCCCAGCGCGCCGGAGAAAAGCAGCACUCAGGAGCCCAGUGCUGCUCAGGUCCCCAUGCUGCCGCUGAGCCCCACUGGGAUGCCAGAGGAGGCUCAGCCUUCUGCUGUGGAGCUCCCAGCACAGCCCCGGGAUGAUGGGCCAACCGAGCACUAACCUCUGCCCGAAAGGAGAACAUUGUUUGUUCUGUCCAAUCAAUGCCAGAAGUGAUUACCAGGCGGAGAAGGCCGGCUGGCUGGCAGGCGAGCAGACCACCCCUCACUGAGGGGAGCAGAUGGGCUGGCUGGCAGGUGAUUCUUCAUGGCCAUUUUGCUUUAGUCUUUAUUCACCUCGAUUGUGGACAGGAGUGCGCCUGGCUCAGGUCAUUGCCAAUGGAUUCUAAGAGUGAGCAGAGCAUGUCAGUCAUUGGUAGAGACCUUUACCCUUGCAGCUGGUCUCGGAACAGGCUCAGGUAGGACUUCUCGCUCUGCAGUUGGUCCUUAGUGCUAAAUGGUAGCCUGGCCGUGGCCCUCUCUUUCUGCCCCAGCAGUCGUGUCUGACAUCGGCAGCUGCCCUGCAGUGGAGUGACAGGAUUGAGGAAUCAUGAUGGGAAGGUGACUGUGACCGUGGCAGUGUUUGUCUCUCUCCCUCCCCCUUCUCCCUCCGUCUGUGGCAUUAUUUUAUUGUUUAAGGUGGUGGGGUGGCCAGGAAAUACUGUCUUGGGUGCCAGGAGGGCCAGAAACACCUGGGCACCUGGGGAUGGUUUUCUGUAGCUUCCUUCCCAAACUUCCCCAUUAGUGACUAGCAGGCAUUAGAGGUCCUUGAACAGUCAUGGAGUGGGCAGCCUCCUUUGCCCUUUGGGGAGUGCACCUUUCACUGCAGGAGUGUGGGGGGAGAGCAGUGCCAGGUGCAGAGCUCGCUACUCUCUUGACCCUGCAUCAGCUGCAGAGCAGUUGCACCAGGGAAUCGUGAGGGAAGAGCCCUCUUGGGUCAUGCACUCUGUUCCUGGGGCCAGGGCAGGAUUUGUUCCCUAGUGCCUUGUCGACUCCUGUGUUUGCUGCCCCAAGCAAUGGGGCUUCCACCCCUUCCCUGGGGAGGCUGUGCCCCCAUUGAAGUAAAUGAUAAAAAGCUCUUUCCCUCUCUCUGGCCCGUUUGGCUCUGAAUUCCCUUUGUCAGGGGUGCCUAGGCCUUGCUACAGUAUUCCAGGGCCCCCAUGUGCUUUUCCACCUGGAGCAGCUCUGGCUGCGAGGGGUUCCGCUAGCUGGGGCAAGGGAUGGGUGGCCCGUUCACAGGGGCUGUUGCCUUGGGAGAAGGAGUUCUUUGGAGCCUGACUCCUUGCUCCUCCUGUCUGCAUGAGCCAGGCUCCUGGGGGCUCCCAGUCUCAACUCAAGGGCUGCUUUGAGGCAGCUCAGCCAUCUUCUUUGUGCCAUCUUCACUCCCUGUCUCCCACCAAGAGAUGUUGAGUGGGGCUAAAAGAAGGAGCCCUUCUGUGGCAACCCCUUGCGCCCCCUGGGGAGGGGUGUCCCCUGCCUGCCUGUCUGUUGGAAUUCCCAGUCUCUACCUAGGGGGAAUGCCUGAUUCUGUUCAAGAGGGCACUCUUAUUCCCCUCCACUUGUGGUAUGUCCUAGGGUGAGACCCUGGUGUGGAGGGAGGGAGGAAUUGGGGUUACUGAGGUGUCUGACCUACUUCCCCCCCACAAGCUUGAGGCAGGAGUCCGUCCCCCCCCAUCUUGUCCCACAUUUACUGCCCUGUUAGUAACUAGUUCUCAGAACUGUCUGUCUCAUCUGGCACAGGAGGUGAUCCUAGCAUGUGAGACCUGCACUGUGCCCUGUCUCCCAGCACUCCCCUUACAGCAGAUAUGUGCUGAGAGUCCUGAAGGGCAGUGCUCUGCAGAGUAGUGGGGGAGGUUGGAGCUGCCCUACCUCUCUGGCUCGAGGGCAGCUCUGUUGAGAUCUGGGGGCAGGGUCCUUCCUGUUACUCCCUUGGCUGUGUGGCCCAGCCUCUUGACCCAUUCAGCCUUAAAGCUCCCGCUCUAUGCUGGUUUGAUGCAAGUGGGAUGGCCAGGGUAGAAGGCACAAAGGCAUUCCCAC